AGCUGUCCAAGAUAUUCCCGACCGAUGGCAUCGCCGUGUCCGCGGGCCGACUGCUCGGCAGUCCAGAAGGAGCUCGAGCAUCUUCGCCGCGACGUGGAAGAGCUUCAGCUCGAGAACGACAAGCUCCAUGAGCACUCGGCGUCGCUGGGCCAGCAAGUCGCCACGCUCGAGGCCAUGAACGCCGACCUGCGCGAGCAAGUCCAGACCCCGCGCACGGCCCGCGUCGCAACGAUCGCAGAAGAUGAAGACGAACCCCAUAACGAGAUGGUCACGCAGCUCCAAGCCAAGCUCGAUGCGUCGCUCGCGCGUGAAGCGGCGCUUGCGGAUCAACUGGCAAAGCUCGACGCGUCCCAUGCACAACUGGCCGCCGCCCUCGUGGCCAAGUCAAGUGUUCUGCAAGCCGAUGAGCUCGCGCGUCUCAAGAACGACAGCGACGGCCGCCGCGACGAGCUAUACGCGGCCCUCCGCGAGAACGAGCAGCUGCGAGAUGAUAACAACGAGCUUCGUACUGCUGUCGAGAAGCUCUCGCGCGUCGCUUUGGACGCCGAAGCCAAGCUGCAGGUCGCCGACGACGAGAAGGCGGCGCUCUCAAGUGCGCUCGAUGAUCGCACGACGGCAGUGACGGAGCUCCUCCACAAGAUCGAGUCCCACGACGCGGAGAAGCAAGGCCUCGAGCGCAAGAUCCUCGAGAUGGACGCGGCCGAAGCGCACGUGGAUGCGAUGAUCGCGGACUUCAAAACCAAGUUUGACGCUGAACGGCGCGGAUUGCAUGCGGAACUUGAGCAGUGGAAGCUCCGAGUGCGCGAACUCGAGGUGCGUUGCGACGCCCCUAUCUCUCCUCACACUAAUUCCUUUACACAGGCGAGCACAACCGCGACAACAGCCAUAUCGACGACGUCGAACGAUGUCAAGGACGCUGCGCUGAGCGAUCUCGAAGCCAAGAUCCUCGUGCUGCAAGACAUGCGUCUCCAGGACAAGGCGCAGAUCGCCGAACUCAAAACCAAAAUUUCUCAAAAGAACGCCGAUUUGAGCACGAUGGCCGCGAGUUUUGUGCCGAAAGACGAUAUCAAACAGCUCGAGGCGACGGUGCAGGUCCAGCGGCAGCAAGCACAGGACGCGCUUCGCGACGUCGACGUGUGGAAAGCACGCGUCAAGGAGCAGCGGGGGCUCCUCACCGACAUGGAAGCUCGCUGCGUCGCGAUCGAGUCGCAGUGCCGGGAAGCCGAGGCGUGGAACGCCAAGUACGAAGCCAAGGCCGGCUUGACCGACGUCGUCCGGCACCAGAAGAAGCUCCGAAGCGACUUGAGCGCGCAAGAGAGUGCGAAUGCGGCGCUGCGCGUCGAGCUCAGUCGCCACAAGGACGCCAUCUCCAAGCUCCAAGCGGCGUGUACCCGGCUCAAACGCGACGCGGGCAAGCCAGACGAGUUCGAGUACCCGGAUCUGGUCUUGGAGACAAGCGUCCAAGGCAACCUCGCGCUCAUCCACCAGCUCGAAGCUCAAGUCGCGGCCUUGGAGGACGAGCGCGUUGCGCUGCUUACCAAGCUCAGAGACCAAGCCAAGAAGACGGGGGCCUACCUCUUUGAGCACCACGGACUCACCAGUGCCCAAUACGAUCAAGUCCAAGAGCUCAUCUACCGGCUUCAGAACGGCGACACAGUUGACGCCUCUGCGCCGCCUCGUCCUUUGUCGCCGACAAGAGAUACGAGCGCAGAGCUACGCAAGCUGUACGACGCCAACACGCAGCUGCAAGCCGACGUCGCUCGGCUCUCGGCGGUCGUGGCCGCGUCAAAUCAGGCGCCAACGAACGGUCCGCCCGAGUGGGCGACCACGGUUAAAGACGAAGUGUGGCGCGCGACCGAGGCAUUGCAAAGCCACAUGCGUGAGCACAUGCAGGUCAUGCGCGAGGCAGCGGUCGCAUCAGACGACGAGAGCAGCGACGAGAGUUCGGAGUUUGGAGACCUUGGCGGCGGUGACAUGAGUGCGCCAGCACCAUCACAAGACGAGAUUGUGUUGGAGCAUCCGCGACUCACCAAGCACGCCAGCGUCCACACAUCCGGUCUCUUGUCGCCCGCAAGCGUCGUGCUGCAAGAACCGCCGCCGUCCGCCGAUGAGAUUGCGGCCGCGGUCUCCAAGGCGCUCGAAGCCCGCGGCUUGCAUCAUCAUUUGCCGACGCAGCAGGAGACAACAACACACGAGACGGCGAAGAACGACGGACGGCGCCAUGUGAUUCUCGAGACACAGGACGAGAUGGAAGAGCAGACGCAGUGGGCGAUCGAGCUCGACACGUGCUUGGACGAACUCACGCACGUGACGUUGGAGAACCACAGCCUCCGCAGCAAGCUCGAGGGGUUCGAAGGUCUUUUGGCCAGCGUCCAAGACAACCACACCGUGCUCUAUCGCGAGCAUAUCGCGCUGCAGCAAACGUUUGCCGAGCGCCGGGCGUCGCUAGAGACGCAGCUCGCAACCAUGACCGCCAACGUCGACGAAGCAUCCAUCAAGCUCAAUCGGUACGAGCUCAUGCUGCAGAGUUUCGAGAAGGAGGGCGAAAUGCAGCAGACUGUCGUGUCGCUCACGCGGCAAGUGGCCAUUUUCGAAGUCAACCAAGCACGGCUCGCACGCGAAUUCAACUUGGUGCGGGAAGAAAAACAGACCGAGUUUACACGCCGCGUCGCCGCCGAAGACGACCUCCUCGCCCUGGAAAAGACGCUCAAGGUGCGCAUCCAGUACCUCGAGGCGUGGCGCGAGGGCGCGUUGAGUCGGCUCCAGCACAUGGAGACGGCGCUGACCAAGAGUGUACUCAAGCGCCACUAUGACGGCGUCCUCGCCGAGCUCCAGCGACUCCAGACAAAGCACGCAGCGCUGCUGGAAAAGUACACGGACCGCCACGCGCACUACCUCGCGACGCUCGAGCUGCCAGCUCAGCACGCGUCGCUGCUACACCAGAACGCACAGCUCUUCGCGCGCCUGAAUGGCGAGUCGAUCGACAAGCUGCAAAACGAACGCGUCCAAGCGCUUGAAGUUCAAGUGCAGUCGCAGCUGGCGCGUAUCAAAGAGCUCGAAGCAGGCAUGCCCGAGACAACGCCGGAGCCAGCGCCGUCCAGCACCAACGUCCACGACGUGUACGAGCAGCGCAUUGCCGAACUCGAGCAGCUCUGCGGGUCGUUGGAGCGUCAGGUGCAAAAACAAAAGGAGGUGGCGACGCUGGCCGCGUCACAGGCCAACACGCUCGCGCUGCGCCAGACGCGGCGCCGGGACGAAGUCGAUGCGCUUGAAGCACGGCUCCACGAGUUAAGCGCGCGCUCCGACGAUGACGCAAUCAUCGGUCAGCUCCAGCAAAAGAUCGUCGGGAUCAAGGCCAACUACCAAGCCUUUGCAGAUCGGUACGAGCAAGCGGUGGAGGCCCAGCGCGCGGCCCAGCUCCAGAUCAAUACGCUCUCGAUGCAGCUCGAACACACGUCGAAUCAUUACGCGGGGCAGCUCGAGACGCAGCGCCAGCGCAUCGCAAUUCUCGAGUCGACGGUCGCGCAUUUGCAAGCGUCGGACGUGGUCGCUAAGAUCAAACGCCUCGACGCGAUGGCGUCACGCCUCGAAGCUCUCGACGACGACCUCGCUGCUGUCCACGCCAAGAAGCGCCAGCUCGAGCGGCGCAUCGAAGAGCUCGAGUCCGAGCACGACGCGGUCGUCGGGCCGGGCGCUCUUGGCGCCGACAUCCACCUCGUCGAGCGACUCAAAUACCGCGUCCAAGUCCUCGAGCAGCGAGAAACGUAUGAGCUUUUGACCUUUCUCUCUUGA